UGGAAGCAGCUGGUCUGGCUGUUGGGCCAGUGGCCAUCAGGGCCAGAGCAGCACAUCGGGCAGGGGUCCUUACCCAGGCAGGUGUCAAGUCCCCGAGUGUCCGGAGCUCAAAAAAAAAAACAUUUUGAUUGAAUAAAGGGGAAGACUUCAGAGAUGGGAGAACCUCACCAGGCAGAGAAGAGAAAAAGAGCACUGGAGCAGAGCAAAAGGAACAGUGGAAACAAAGGACUGGAGGCAUGAAAGCAAGAGUGUCAGAUUCAAGGCGUUCUGCGUUCUGAGCUGGGACUGGCCGGAGAGUUUUCCGUGGAGGGUAGCAACCUAGCAAAGCAUCCCUGGGCAGGCCUUGAAGGGGAGGGCUGGCUGGGGAGGUCUGAGCUCCAAGAAGGAUCAGCAAAGGCUCAGCGAGUCUUAGAUUUUUAAUCCUGCCCCCACCCCUGCCUCUUUUAGUCUGCCCCUCCUACUUCACCCCUGCCUUUCCCUUUACCCAGCCCCCAGCCUGGCCACUCCUGCAGCUAAAUGGACUUCUCUCUCGGCCUACGCUUGGGACCUCGGAACAAGAAGCCCACCCACCAACAGCCCCCUCCACCCUCCGGGCACGGCCCACCAGCAGCAGCCUCUCCUUGCCUGUCCUGUCCCCCUUCUGCCUGUUUUUGCCCCUGCCCUAGCUGUCCUCCUCCCACCUGCUCCUGCACCGCCUAUCCCUCCUAUGCAGCCCCCUGCCCCUUCUGUCCAAGCCUCCCAGGCCCACCCUGUACUUGCUCCUGCUCUCCCUGCCCUGCCUGCCCUCCCUUGAAUUGUCCAUACAGCUCCUGCAGCCUGUGCACUGGUCCGCACUUGACUUGCGGCCACGGCUCACCUUGCCCAAAUUACCCUUGCUCCAAAGGCCAAGCAGCCUGUCCCAGCUCCUGCCUGGGCUGCAGUGACAACUGUGGCUGUGGCCGAGGGGCUCCUCCAGGCUCCACUGGCCGCUGCUUCAGGGGACAACGCAGCUCUCAGAGGCACUGUCUGAUAGUCUAG